AUGUCCCACUCCCUGAAACGCCCUCGCGACGAAGAUUCAUAUACUCCGACGACAAGCAAUAACCAAGGAAAUCUCCCGCUGUCCAAGAAACUGCGCAUCGCAGCCUGGCUGUCCUCGACACCGGAUCCCGUUUCUCUCAGCUCUGACGACACCUUCGCAACUCCUCCGACUCUGAAUGACGAGUCCCCUCUAUCUACGCCACCAUCAAUACGCAUGAGCCAUACGCCUACUAAUACGAAGAUGUCUAAAAGAGAUCAGGAGGGAUUGGCCCGUUUGUCGAAACGGGGUAUGAAGCCGACAGGUCACGGAUGGAAUGAACCACCGCAAGCUUCAUCCUCGGACGACGAACCGACCUCUUCAUCGGGGUCGUCGUCAUCCGAAAGUGAAAGCGAGAGUGAAAGUGAGAAUGAGAAUCCACGCCCACACACAACCACCACCAAUAGUCCCGCCACUGUUUUCGCCGAGCCCCAAUUACCAAAUAUCACCGGCCGUCCCAAACCACAGAUACGGCGAAUGGAUGGCGAUUCGGGUCUCUUGUCGCGGCUAUCGUCAUUUCUGCCGCAGAUGAAAGAUGCGAAUGAGAGUUUGCAGAAGGAUAUCGCGGCGGGAAGGGCAGGAGAUGUUGUUUUGGAUUCUUCUUUGGAUAGGCGUGGGAGUGGAGAUGAAGACGAUGAGGAUGAAGAUGAGGAUAUGGAGGAAGGAGAGGGAGGGAGAGAUGGGAAAUGGCAGGGGCAGUAUAUUGAAAUGAAUCUUGGGUUGGGAGUCCUGGAAGAGAAACGGGAGGAUGGUAGCACUGCGGAAGAAAGCCCUGACUUUCACCAUGCUCCAAAAAACGCAUCAACAUCUCCAAAAGAUUCGAAUGUCCUCGGGAAGCUCAUGAAGACCAAAAAAUCUUCAACGGAGAAGCCAACAAUCGAGGAGAUGGCGGAGUGA